AUCGUAGAACUGCAGAUUUGCAAUGGGUGCUCUCAGGGGGGCCCCGUCUUUGCGUUGGCUCUGCAUCCUCUUGGUGCUAGUGGGGCUGGCUCCCCUCGCUGCUGCUCAGUUCUGGUGGGCUUGGGGUCAGGAAGAAACCACAACUGCGAUGAUGCCAACAACCCCCAAAGCCACGGAAGCAGAUGUGGAAGAACCCACUGAGAAAACGGUCCUGAGCACCCCCACCCUUUGGGACACACCAGGGACAUUUACAGAGGAGGUGGCGGUUUCCUCUGAAGCAACAACACCAGGCCUGGCUACCUCUGCAGCUGACAAGGAGGAAGUGUUUCCUGGCAUGGAUUUUCCCUUUCAAACCACCCUUGAAGGCAGCACCGAGGAUGAAGAUGAUGAAUUUUUACACAGCCUAGUAACAGCACUGGGGAAGGGGGUGUCAACUGGGCUGGAAGAUGCAAAACCCACAAUGUCUUCAGUUCACCAAACCACAAUCCGGGGAGACUCUGAGACAAAAGAGGCAAAGCCAGUGACUGAAGAAUCAUGGUGGCCUCCGGUGACUGUUACAAAGCGGCAUCCUCAGAAGGCUGAAGAGGACCCACAUGUCUCGACUCCUGGUGUUCACCAAACCGGGGGCAGGGGAGACUCUGUGGCAAAAGAGGUGAAACCUCAACUCUUGGUUCCUUUAGUUCACCAGACCGUGGUCAGGGGGGACUCUGUGGCAAAAGAGGAGAUUACGAAAGAGGAAACCUCAUCCAUUUCCCCUCCCAAGACAGCCACUGCCUCCAUUAUUGGGAUGCAUAAUCUUUCCCAGUGUGUCUGUCCGGCAACACCAGGCCCUCGUGGUGCAAAGGGAGACAAAGGUGACCAGGGUCCUCCAGGAGAAAGAGGACUUUCUGGGGAAAGAGGGCUAGCAGGCAAUCCAGGCCAACCGGGACCUCCAGGACCCCCGGGACCACCAGGCCAGUCCCUUCCAGGAGCACCAGAAUGUGGUGGUGCCAAUGGUGGAAAUGAAAAGGGGGGCAGCAUCAUGGAAGGGCCCCCUGGUCCAAUGGGCUACCCAGGUCUUCCUGGACCUCCAGGAUACCCUGGUCAGGAAGGACCCCAAGGGCCCCCUGGCCUUCCAGGGCACGAAGGUCAGCAAGGUACUCCAGGCCUCCCUGGCACACCUGGCCAGCCUGGCUCACCUGGAUCCACAGGGCCUGCAGGCAUUCCGGGGCCAAUGGGGGCAGAGGGAAUUCCUGGAGCCAUGGGCCCUGAAGGGCACCCAGGACUUCCAGGCCACAUGGGGCCACCAGGACCACCAGGCACCCCCGGGCAGAAAGGGCCUCCAGGACGAGAAGGGCUUCCAGGGAAGGACGGGCCAAAGGGUGAGAAAGGUGAGGUUGGCCUACAGGGCCCUCUUGGCAAUCCAGGUGUGAAAGGUGAAAUGGGGCCUCAGGGUGUACCUGGGCCCAUGGGUCCUCCUGGUGAGAAUCAGUGCAACACUCAUGCAAGAGUUCCUGGGCCUCCAGGUCCUAAGGGUGAAAAAGGAGAACCUGGAGAACGGGAUUGCUGCAACUGCCCUGGAGCAACAAAAGCUGACUCUGACUCCUGGACACCUUUUACCUAUCAAGAGAAUGGCAAAGGAGACCUUGAGAUAUAUGGCUCAGUUGCCAGCCGUGGUCCUCCAGGCCCCGCAGGAAAUCCUGGCAUGCCUGGGCCCCCAGGCCCUCCUGGACCACCGGGAGUUAUUUACCUUAAUAGGGUGAUCCCUAUCCCACCCAGGAGGCACUGCAAGCAACCGUUGAUCCAAGACCCAUCUUUGGAUUCAGAUGAUGGACUUUCUUUGAAGGAUUCUUCCAAUGAAAACCAGUAUGGGUUUAAGCACUCCACGUGGAUCUUCAAGUCAAAAGAGCUGAUGUUCAAAUCGGCCUCCUCCAUUCCUGAAGGCAGCUUGGUCUACGUCAGUGAAGGGAAUGAAGCUUUCUUCCGAACCCCCAAGGGAUGGAGCAGGCUUCUGCUGGAGGAUUCAGAGUCUUUACUGGUUGGAGAUGACCCUUCGGUGUCUACAGAGAGAAAUCAGGUCCAAAAUGACAAGAGCCAAGCAACCGUCAAGACAGUACCACCUAGCAUCCCCCAGAGGAUCCCUUCACUCCGCCUAGUGGCCCUCAACAUUCCCCUGACCGGUAGUAUGAAUGGGAUUGGUGGCGCUGACCUGCGGUGCUAUCGGCAGUCACAGGAGGCGAAGCUGCGUGGAACUUUCCGGGCCUUCCUGUCAUCAUCCACUCAAAGCCUAGUCUCCAUCGUGAAGAGAACUGACAGGAGCCUGCCUAUUGUCAACCUUAAGGGCCAGCUGCUGGCAAAGAGUUGGAAUUCACUCUUCAGUAGUGCUGCUCGUUUCAGUUCCCCAAAGUCCCCCAUCUACACAUUCAGUGGGCGCAAUGUCAUGACAGAUCCUAUGUGGAGACAAAAGGCAGUCUGGCAUGGUGUCAAACAACUGGGAGGCCAGGCCGAAAAUCAAGACUGUCAGGAGUGGCGAACAGCCUCCAGCCAGUCCAAAGGCCUUGCUUCACCUCCAGCCGGAGGCAAGUUCCUCACAGCGGAUGCACAUAGCUGCUCCGACUCCCUGGUUGUUCUGUGCGUGGAAAACGCCUUCUGAGAUGUGAGCGCAGCUUCAGAUCAGCAAGGAACAGCAGGAGCCAGUUGCUACAAAGGCUGGAUCAGGAUGAACGAAAUAAGCCUUUGACCCUUAAGACACAUGAGGUGGAAAAUGCAGGUACCUAUCCUUCCACCCCAGCUGGG